UGGGAGCCGUCGCCGUCUCUUGUAAUGAACUUCGGAGCGAGGCAGUUUGCCAGCUGCGGGGUCAGGAUGCUGCCGCAGCCCUGGCGUCUCUUCUCCCGGGCUGCGGAGGAUACGGCAUUGCAGAGGAUCCGGAAGGUCCUGUGCGUGGCUGAGAAGAACGAUGCUGCCCGAGGGAUUGCAGAUCUGCUCUCCAACAGCAGAAUGCGACGGCGAGAAGGGUUUUCCAAGUUCAACAAGAUCUACGAAUACGACUACCAGAUGUUUGGCCAGAACGUUACUAUGGUGAUGACAUCCGUGUCGGGACACUUACUGGCUCAUGAUUUUAAGCUGCCGUUUCGCAAAUGGCAUAGCUGCAACCCUCUAGCUCUUUUUGAUGCUGAAAUCGAGAAAUAUUGCCCUGAAAAUUAUGUGGAUAUCAAGAGAACCCUCGAACGAGAAGUCCAGCAGUGCCAAGCUCUGGUGAUCUGGACUGACUGCGAUCGAGAAGGAGAGAACAUUGGCUUUGAGAUAAUUCACGUUUGCAAAGCUGUAAAGCCAAACCUCCAGGUUUUCCGAGCCCGUUUUUCAGAGAUUACGCUUCAUGCUGUCAGAACAGCUUGCGAGAACCUCACCCAACCGGAUCGAAAAACGAGUGAUGCCGUUGAUGUCAGGCAGGAGCUGGACCUCAGGAUAGGUGCUGCCUUCACCAGAUUCCAGACACUGAGGCUCCGGAAGAUCUUCCCUGAUAUUUUAGCAGAUCAGCUAAUCAGCUAUGGUAGCUGCCAGUUCCCAACGCUGGGGUUUGUAGUUGAACGCUUUAAAGCCAUCCAGGCCUUUGUUCCUGAAGCCUUCUAUAAAAUAAAAGUGACACAUGAUCAUGAAGACGGCAGUGUGGUCUUCAACUGGAAGAGGAACCGGCUCUUUAAUCACACAGCAUGCCUGGUCCUUUACCACAUGUGUAUGGAGGAUCCUGUGGCAACUGUUGUUGAGGUGGUGAGCAAGCCAAAGAGCAAAUGGAGGCCCCUGCCCCUGGACACUGUGGAACUUGAGAAGCUGGCUUCCCGCAAACUGAAAAUAAACGCAAAGGAAACCAUGAGAAUAGCAGAAAAACUCUAUACUCAAGGGUUCAUUAGCUACCCCCGAACUGAGACCAACAUUUUCCCCAAGGAGCUGAACCUCUCUGCCUUAGUACAACAGCAAACACAGGACCCAAACUGGGGAGCAUUUGCACAGAGGAUUUUGGAUCAGGGUGGGCCAACCCCUCGGAGUGGAACCAAAUCAGAUCAGGCUCACCCUCCCAUUCACCCCACAAAAUACGCUGCUAACCUGCAGGGCAACGAGCAGAGACUAUAUGAAUUCAUCGUGCGUCAUUUUUUGGCUUGCUGCUCUCAAGAUGCCAAGGGACAGGAAACAAUUGUGGAGAUUGACAUUGCUAAUGAGCGAUUCAUUGCUCAAGGACUAAUGAUCCUGGCCCGAAAUUAUCUGGAAGUCUAUCCUUAUGAGAAGUGGAGUGAUAAGGUUAUCCCACUGUAUCAGAAAGGGUCUCGCUUUCAGCCCACUACAGUGGAGAUGGUGGAUGGGGAAACCAGCCCUCCAUUGCUCCUCACAGAAGCGGAUCUCAUUGCUCUCAUGGAGAAACAUGGCAUUGGGACUGACGCCACUCACGCCGAGCACAUUGAGACGAUUAAGACGCGGAUGUACGUGGGCCUUACAGCGGAUCAGCGGUUCCUCCCAGGCCACUUGGGCAUGGGGCUGGUUGAAGGCUAUGAUUCCAUGGGCUAUGAGAUGUCCAAGCCUGACCUUCGAGCUGAGCUGGAGGCUGAUCUGAAACUGAUCUGUGAGGGCAAGAAAGACAAAUCUGCAGUGUUGCAGCAGCAGGUCCAAAAGUACAAGCAAGUCUUCAUCGAAGCUGUGGCCAGAGCUAACAAGUUGGACCAGGCCCUGGCUCAGUAUUUUGGAGAAGCCACAGAAAUUGCAGAGCAAGAGGAGGUCUACCCAGCAAUGCCCGUUUCUGUUCGGAAGUGUCCACAGUGCAACAAUGACAUGGUCCUGAAGACCAAGAAGAAUGGCGGGUUCUAUCUCAGCUGCACGGGCUAUCCAGCUUGUAAAACUGCAGUCUGGUUUCCUGAUUUUGUGCUGGAUGUGGCCAGGGACGAGAGCAUCUGUGCUGUGUGUAAACCACAUCCAGUUCACAGACUGAAGUUUAAAUUCAAGAGAGGCAGCGUUCCACCCGUGGUGCCCCUGGAGUUUGUUGGUUGCAUUGGCGGCUGUGAUGACAUGCUGAAAGAACUCUUGGACCUGAAGUAUUUACACAGGUCGUCCCAACCCGCAUCGUCAGCUAGCCAGCAAGCUAAUCAUUUGCAGGUCAACAACUCCUUUAACAGAGCUAGUGGUGAAAACAGGCACGUGAGGGGGACCACAAACCUGGCACCAGGACAUUUACUCUCCUUGAGCUCAACGAGAACACCCAGGCCUGCUCCUUCAGCUGCUCGAGACGACGGGAACAACGCGGUGGUCUGCAACUGCGGGAACGAAGCCCUGCUGUUAACCGUGCGCAAAGAAGGGCCCAAUCAAGGCAGGCAGUUUUACAAAUGCAGCGCCAGUACCUGCAACUUUUUUCUCUGGGCCGAUCAGCAGGCAGAGGACAGAAGCAACGCGGCUCUGCGGGGCUCUGCGCUACCCCAGCCCUUUGCAGGAAGGGGCCCGGCGGGAUUUCAGCGCCCAGGAGGAGGGAGAGGCCCAGACCUCUUUGGAAGCAACAGCUCCGAUUCAGGAGGCGGCACAGUCUGCAAGUGCGACCAGCCAGCCGUCACGCGCACCGUCCAAAAGGACGGGCCCAACAAAGGGCGGCAGUUCCACACCUGCCCUAAACCCCGAGAGCAGCAGUGUGGCUUCUUCCAGUGGGCAGAUGAAAACGUGGCACCAGGUAAGGCUGGGCUUGGUGUGAGACGCAAGGGUUGGAGCAGUGACUACUCAAGAGGGUUGGGAAGUAAAGCCAAGAGACCAAGCAGUCUCUCCUCAGAAGCUGCUGCCAAGAAACCACGGACCUGUAGCAUUUGCCACCAGCCUGGCCACACUAGGAAAACCUGCCCUCAAAACAACUGAGCCUGGAUGGACGUCUCUUGAGAGCCUGAAAGGUCCAAGGUUGCGAGCUGCUACAGGAGCAACUACUGCUGAAAGGAACUGGAGUCUAGAAAUAAGUCUGAGUGCUUUCUGGAAGGGCUGGUUGCAGGCUGCUCCUGCCACAGGACACCAUCCUCACGCAUGCAUUUACGUGCCCGGGCAGCAAGGGUUCAACCGGCUUUGAAAGGUGGCUCCACUACUGGCGUCAGCCUUUGUUUUCAGCUGCUCUUCUGCUGAGCAGAUUGGGAUAGUCUAACCAUUUCAAGGAAGCAUUUGGAAAUUGAAUCUGCAGAGAAAACAGCCCUGGAUCUAGUCCACCUGCACCUCCCGCCAUGGCGGUGGUUGUGCGCAGCCUUUCUACACGAGGAAGAGCUGGAUCGUAGCCACCGGGACAGACACCAGGGCUGCUUAGCUCUUCUCAGUCCCUGGCUUUCCACAGUGUGGAAUUUUAUUUUAAGUUCCCUUCUAAGUUGAUGUUACCUGAGCAACAUUCCCCUUUCUUUUUGUGUCACAGCGCCGCACCCCUUACCUUGGUUGUCCCUGCCGGUGAGGGAGGGCUGGGUGCAGAGAAGCUGGAUCUGGCGCUUGCCCUGAAAGGGAAGCUCAGCUGCAGCGCUCAGGAAAAGCCUUCAUUUUAGACAGUUCCUGAAUUUGAACCAGAGUUCUUCCUCAAACCUUGAGACAUGCCUCUGUGAUGCUGCUAGCUAAUGGAAGGUAUUUUUG